CAGGUCACGCGGCCGGUGUUGACACUUCCGGGUGGGACCACAGUGAGGCGGCGGGGCAGGGGCUGGCACCUCCCGCAGCAGCCAUGGCGUAUACGGGCCUCACCGUGCCUCUCAUCGUGAUGAGCGUGUUCUGGGGCUUCGUCGGCUUCCUGGUGCCCUGGUUCAUCCCUAAGGGUCCCAACCGGGGAGUUAUCAUCACCAUGUUGGUGACCUGUUCCGUUUGCUGCUAUCUCUUUUGGCUGAUUGCAAUUCUGGCCCAACUCAACCCUCUCUUUGGACCGCAGUUGAAAAAUGAAACCAUCUGGUACCUCAAGCAUCAUUGGCCUUGAGUAAGAAGACCUGCUCGCCAGUGCUCAGUCAUUGAGAGCCUGCGUGCCACAACUACUGAGCCCGUGUGCCGCAACUACUGAAGCCCACGUGCCUAGAGCCCGUGCUCUGCAACAAGAGAAGCCAUCACAGUGAGAAACCCGCACACCACAAUGAAGAGAAGCCCCUACUUGCCACAACUAGAGAAAGCCUGCACGUAGCAACGAAGACCCAACACAGCCAUAAAUAAAUAAAUAAAAAUGUUUUUAAAAAUGAACUUUUCCUUAUCAACUAGAGUUAUUUACUAACCUUGAAAUGUAGAUCAUAUAAGAAAGGUGGGAUACACACUUCAUUUUUUUCUUUUAAUUUUCUUUUCUUUCUUUUCUUUUCUUUUUUUUUUUUUUUGUGGUACGCGGCCCUCUCACUGUUGUGGCCUCUCCCGUUGCGGAGCGCAGGCUCAGCGGCCAUGGCUCACGGGCCCAGCCGCUCCACGGCAUGUGGGAUCUUCCCUGACCGGGGCACGAACCCGUGUCCCCUGCAUAAGCAGGCAGACUCUCAACCACUGCGCCACCAGGGAAGCCUCUUUCUUUUUACUUUAUUUAUUUUGGCUGUGUUGGAUCUUUGUUGCUGCAUGUGGGCUUUCUCUAGUUGCGGCGAGCAGGGGCUACUCUUCGUUGCGGUGUGCGGGCUUCUCAUUGCGGUGUCUUCUCUUGUUGCAGAGCAUGGGCCCUAGAGCAUGUGAACUUCAGUAGUUGUGGCGCACGGGCUUAGUUGCUCCGCGGCAUGUGGGAUCUUCCCAGACCAGGACUUGAACCCGUGUCCCCUGCAUUGGCAGGCGGACUUUUAACUACUGUGCCACCAGGGAAGUCCCUCUUUUAGUUUUCAAAGUGAGUAACUUGGUGCCCAAGUUACUUCUGGGGUAUUCAAUGAGGUUUUCUUUUCUUUCCUUUUCAAUUUUAAUCAAUUAAAUGUUUAUUAUCCUUUUUAUAAAGUUCACUUGUUCUUUCUUUGGCCCUGUGGGCACCUGUCUAGACUGGCUUCUAUGUCCCUUUGAUAUUAGUCUUUGAUAAUUUUCUUUCUGGCAACAUCAAGGUGUCCCAGACCUCUCUUGUAUGUUUCUUGACUUGGAAUCAGCUGUUCCUCUAAUAACUUUCCCACUGAAAGGAUUCCCUGGUACACUAGUCAGUCCUCAAGCCCAGUUGGCCCUGUUUUUCUUUCAGUGGAAGUGGUAUUUAUAAACCAUGAUCUGAUUGCUAGGUGCAUUCAUUUCUGUUGGGGUAUUGUUGCUUCUAAGCCUUUACAGUGGACAAAGCCAGGAAGUAUGGAUUUUUAAAAAGAAAAAAAAAAUCACGGGUUCAUGUCAGUAUUUCUAAUUCAGAUUUAACAUUACAGGAUUUUUAUUUGACUUCUUCAAUUUUAUACUUGAAAAUCAUUCACAUAUGCUGAAAAUCUUGGCUCCUAAAGGCAGUAACUUAAUUACUUAAUUUGAUUAUCAUAUAAUAUAUAUAAAAUAGUUUCAAAAUUACCCCAAUGUAACUACUAACUAUAAGGUUAUUGAAUGCAGUUUAGGAUUUCUUUGCUGCUUUAUUUGUUCUUAGAACAAAUAAAGAACAACAUGCUGUUUUCUGUGGUUACUUGAAAUUAUUUCCUCUGGUGGUUAUCAAUUUGUUAUACAGUUAGGUUAAGAUGAUUUAUUUUGUGUUCAAUUUAUAGUAAUUUUUUCUUUUUUUUGGCUACAUUUUUUGGAAUAUGUAAAACAUUUCCAGAGUCAAAAUUUUAAGUAAGCUAUAUUCAUAGAAGUCUAUAUCCUUCCAGUGUUUCAUUGUGCAGAGAUAAGCAAAUACAUAGUGUGUGUGUGUGUGUGUGUGUGUGUGUGUGUGUGUGUAUCCAUCCUUCCCUGACACACACAGCUGUUACAGAAGAAAUAUCAUAUUACAUAUGCUAUUCUGUACCUUGCUCUUUUUCACUGAACAAUAUAUCCUAUCAGUGUAUAGAGAUCUUCCUUAAUUCUUUUUAUAGCCAUUGAUAUCCUUUUGCAUUAUUUCCAGUCUUUUGUUAUUAUUGAUAAAGCCACAGUGCCAUCCUGUGCGUAUGACACUUUGUAUUUUUACCAGUUUUCUUUAGAUUAGAGUCCUUGAAAAUAGAAUCUCUGUGUUAAAGGUAUAAAUACUUUUUCCAGGUAUUACUACAUGCCCUUCUAUAGGGAUUGUACCAUUUUUGCAUUUCUACCAACAAUGUAUGUGAAUUUCUAUUUCCUCACAGCCUGGAUUUUUGCCAGCCUGAUAGGUAGGCAGCCGUUUUUUUCCCUUAGAGUUCUGUCUGCCUAAAGGGGUUUUGAUUCCCUUUUAUAUAGAUUUUUUUAAAAAAAUCUGAUUUAUAUAUAUAUAUAAAACCUCCCCGCCCCCCCUUUUUCCCCAUCAAGUUCUGUUUUAUGUCCUUCCUCUUAACUAUAGUGAAUGUUAGGUGGUGGUAUUGAUUGGGGUUUAAAGCUGAGAACCUCAGGCCUCUCAGAGUGAGAUUUUCAUUCUAGCAUUGCCUUUCACUUACCUUCUCUGAGCCUCAUUUCCAUCUCUCACCAUAAGUAAAUGGGGCCCACAGUGAAUAACACUGUGUGUGUGGAUCUGGUGUCAUUUGCCCAUUCUUUUCAGUUUCAUGUGUCUGUAACCUGAAUGAUGAAUUCCUAAUGUUUGCACUCUGGUCCACAGCACAAACUAGGACUGCUUGAAACCCUUAUGUUAACGGUUGUUCCUUUAAAAGCAGAAUGGCAGGAAAUAGAGCACAGCCAGGCAGCCCUAGUUAUGAACAUCAUGUCACAUUGAUUCCAUGUUUGAGGCAAUGAUUGUGGUAGUACUGUACCUCUAGUCCUAUGGAGUUAUCACAUCAAGAGAUCUAAUCUGAUCUAAUCCUAACAUUGGAGCAAACAGAACUCUCUUUUUUUUUAAAAAAAAAAUUAUUUAUUUAUUUAUUUUUGGCUGUGUAGGGUCUUCGUUGCUGUGUGUGGGCUUUUCUCUAGUUGUGGCGAGUGGGGGCUACUCUUCAUUGUGGUGCACGGGCUUCUCAUUGCAGUGGCUUCUCUUGUUGCGGAGCACGGGCUCUAGGCGUGCGGGCUUCAGUAGUUGUGGCUUGCGGGCUCUAGAGCGCAGGCUCAGUAGUUGUGGCACAUGGGCUUAGUUGCUCCGCGGCAUGUGGGAUCUUCCCGGACCAGGGCUCGAACCCAUGUCCCCUGCAUUGGCAGGUGGAUUCUUAACCACUGCACCACCAGGGAAGCCCAUAAACAGAACUCUUAAGACAGAACUUCACUUUUCUUGGUGGUAAAAUUCAAAGAAUGAGCUAAAUUCCCUUUAGAACUUUGAACUUUUACACAACUGUGGGAUGAUAAAGGAGUGCAGAAACCAGAUUUAGGCCUGUCCUCAGCUGGUAAGGAAAAGUGUUCAAUUCUGUAUGUGAUUCUUUAAGAGGCCAGAUUUGGAAAGUAGGAGAUGUAAGCCAGGUAUGGUAUUCAGCAGAGAAAAAUGAGGAGCAGUCAUGAAAGCUUUCAAAUAAUAAUUCUAUACAGAUGAAAUUGAAUUGAUCCUGAACAACACGGUUAAACAGCAAGCCGGUCCUUUGCUACUCUAAACACUUUAAUUGCCAUGAUUUUCUUUCAUAUGUUGAUAGGCUGAGUUAUAGCACAUUAUGUUUAUUGGCUGGAAAUCUUACCCAAUACUUCAAAGAACUAUGUUCACGCCAUCUCUGCCCCCUGCCAACCUUGGCUGCCUCUAGAGCCUCGAUUCCUGAGAUGCUUAUGGAACUAUCACAUCAAGUUUGCUGUUUUUCCGAUGUCCCAUUUUCCUGCAGCUUUGGGGGUGUGAUGCUUGUAGGGAAUCUCCUUGGAAUGGCUUCAGACCAGUGUUCUGUAAGUUAGUUGGUUAACCGCAUCAUGGUGAUAUGUUUAGAUAAGCCUGUAUGGUUUACCGCAGUCCUAAAAGGGCAGGCAUUCUAUUUUAUUACAAAGUCUGGAGCGGAGAGGAAUAGACUAUUGGUAAUUAGGCCUCUGCCCUGAGGAAGCUGUUUUUCUAUGCAUUCCAAAAAUAUUUGAGUGUCACGAGGUACAUAGUACUGAGUGGGGAUUUCAGAGGAGGCUGUGGACUCUGAAGGGGUUUGUGAUCUGUUGAGAGGUUGGAACUAAGCCAUACUUGUGAAACGUUAAAACAGUGCAAGGUGUUUUAUGGUUAAAAAGCCUGUCACAGUUUUCCCUGUCACCUAGAACCCAUUCGAUGGCUUCUUUCUCCUCUUCCUUGAAUCCAGUUGAGCCACUUAUGUCACUAGUGUCUGCCUGUCUACUCUGUUCCUCUGUCGGGGACCCUACUAUCUGACCCAGUCACUGCGGCUCUGAAUUACUGCAGUGGCUCCUCAUCACGUCUGCCUGCCUCUACACUCAAGGUAUCUACAAACCACCACCCUGUUUAUCUUCCUGACAUAGCACUUCCUGAAACACAUCCUGCUUGCCCCAGAAACUUUGAGUAGCUCUCCGUGGGCUACAGCAGGGCUUUUUCUUAAACCCAAGGUCCCUGAUUUUAAUGGGUACGUGCCGCUUGGAAUGCUGUAUGUAACGUGUUGUCAGCACAGCUUGUCAGGGUCACCAAAGGUCCCAUGAGCCACAAAAGAUAAGAAUGACUAGUCUGCAGAUUCUGUCCCACUUUCUAACUUGGUGGUCAAGGCCUGCCUAGUUUGCCUUCCAACCACCUUCGCCGCUUUCUGCACAACUUUCCUCCGUGACCUACUGGUUCCAGCCAUACCAUUUUCAUGCUCUUGACCUAAUUAGCUUUACUUAGCUUUUCCUGCCUCAUUACCCUACCACAGUCAUUAAUGUAGAAGGCCGGUUAGUAAACACACUAUUCAGCGAACAUUCUGGUUUCUUGUCUCCACUCGCCCAUUCUCAGUUCUUUCUGAUGUUUUCUCUUGAGUGUCCAGCUUGCAAAUCCUUGCACUUCCUUUCCUGGCCACUUGGCUUCCCAGAGAUCUCUUCUCUCCUAAAUGUAUUUAGCUCUGCUGUUUUUGCCUUGAAUUGUGAAGCACUCAGGCCUUUAUAGGUUGCUUAAAUACCUCUUGUAGUUAAUCUCCUACAAUAAAUACAUACCUUAC